CGGGAAUAAACCAAAUACCUGCACAGUAAUAAUUACAGUAUUUAAGAAUAUUUAAUAUUUAAGAAUUCUCAUAAAAACAAAAGAAACCAAUUACAAGUCUUGAAUGACUGACUGACUCACAGGUCGAGUCACAGAAAAAAUCGAAUCAUCUUCUUGGUUCCUACAACAUGGCACAGUAAAAUUCGUAUUGACCGUUUUUCAUCGCCGCUGGUCGUUCGUUCGUGACGAUGAUCGAUGAUGUUACGAGCUGUACUACGAGUACGAGUACGUACGAGUACGAACUCGUACACGACCUGCCACCAUGAAGGAAUGCAUCAUCCAACGAUCACCGAUGGAUGCGAAUUGCAGAAGAGGCAUCAUCGUGCCCCUGGAGACGUUUCUGUUAGAAAGGCACAAAGAAUCGAGCAAACAACAAAACAAUCGCAACUCACACCGAAUGACAUCUCACACCAGAAAAAUGACGAGCAUAUUCUCCCCGAGAAGAAUCGUUGCCCAUCGCCGCUGUGGCACAAUCGUCGCCAUGGCCUUCGUAAUGCUGAGUGCUCAAAUAGUCGCCUUUCAAACAACAUCUGUAACAAUAAGCUACGGUAGGACUUCGUCAAAAGCAGCAACCACUGUUUCGUACGCGACCACCAACACCGACAGCAAUUCUUCCGACAAAAGCAUCAGCGACGCGCAGCGGUUGCUCGAAAAGGCUGCACAGCUGCGGGCCGAAAUAGCGACUGCCGAGGGAAAGACCGUAGAGCAGGUCGAGGAAGAAGCCAGCCAGGCCCGAAUCCAGAGGGAAAAGCAAGAACAGAAAAACCGAGAAGCCAGAGAAAAGAUACGGCAGGAGCAGCUGGAGCAGAAAUCGCAGCAACAACCGACCCUGCAAGUGCCCGUCACCUUUGACGACAUGGUCCGACAAGGAGCACGUGCCGUCGAGAGGGCCUUUCACGACGGAAAAACCCGCCAGGUGGUCCGAUUCAACCUUGUGGGAGAAGAAGACGGAGCAUCGUCGGCGACCGAAGAAAACCAAUGGCCCGGGGGUGCCAAGCAAAUGUACCGCGAGUCAGGAAAGCCGCUGACCAACGCCUUGCUGAGAGAAGUCCGGGCUCCCACGAAACGGUUGGACAGCUUCCCCGAAGAAAGGCGAACGAAUCCACAGCUGAAAGUGCAAGAUAUUUGGGAUUUUGAUGGAACCGCCCUCCAUACGGCCGAGGCCGCCGAAGGACCUAGUGCCGACAUUCAAGCAAUGGUCUUUCCAAACACCGAUACCAAGUAUCUGAAUGACAUCGACGAAAUAUCACAAGCCAUGGGAAAGCGGUUGUUUUUGUUGGUAAAUCCGUUCUGGAGAAACAUCGAUAGCUGGGGAUUCAACAUUUUGGCUCCGGGUGCGAAGAAAAAGGCGGAAAACGUAAUCUACGGCGGUACCGGUGACGACGACGCCGUUCCCUUCGAGGAAACCUACGUACUAAAUGUGUUCUCCGUGCGGGGAGAACAGUGCGUCGCUUUGAAAGCUUACCCGUACGACUGGCAACUAUUUGCAUUUCGAGAAGACGAUUACUACCCAAACAACGAGGAGUACAGCACGUGCAUUCGAUUAGGGUCGUGCGAAGAAGAUCCCACUUCAGCCAUCAUUACCGAGUUGCUGAACGAGAGACCGGAAUUUAAGGAGACCAAAACCAUGCGACAAAUGAAAAAACUAGGCUAACACAAAAAAUAACGCAACCGUGUAAUGAAGUACAACACCAAAC